AUGUUAAAGAACUACAAGCUCGACCCAAAACUCCGCUCAACUGCGCAUAUUCUCACCGCCGAUGAAAUCCGCCAAGCAGAGCACACCCUAAUAAGGUUGGUGCAAAACCAAGUGUACGGAGCAGAAGUAUCAGCUUUACAGCAGCAGAAACCAGUAGCAAACAAGUCUCGACUCAAGUGGUUCUCUCCUUUCUUGAGCCCCGAACAGUUGCUUCGAAUAGGGGGACGACUGUCUCACUCGCAACAAUCUUACGACAGCAAGCACCAAAUUAUUCUUCCCUCGUCACACCCUCUAUCGGCACUGCUAGUAUGUAGCUACCAUGUGAGAAACUUACAUGCCGCCCCUCAGUUGCUAAUUAGUUUACUUCGCCUGCGCUAUUGGAUCACAGGGGCCAGGAGGCUGGUCAAGAAAAUUGUUCAGAAUUGCGAUGUUUGUUUCCGCGCUCGUCCAAAACGCGUUGAACAGUUCAUGGCUGAUCGUCCAGCAGCAAGAAUCACUGCGGCUAGACCCUUUUCAACAACCGGUAUUGACUAUUGGGGACCGAUAUACGUUCAACCACCGCAUAGGAGAGCGAGCCCGAGAAAAACCUAUGUCGCGGUGUUUGUAUGUUUUUGCACUAAAGCAGUACAUCUCGAACUAGUAGCGGACUUAACGACUGCAAAAUGUCUACAAUCGCUACGCCGCUUUGUGGCCCGCAGGGGUUUGUGUUCGGAUAUUUACAGUGACAACGGUCGUAACUUUAUUGGAGCUGCCAACGAACUGCGUAAAUUGAUACAGAGCGAACAACAUAGAAUGGCACUACAGCAAGAAUGUGCAUCACAAGGCAUUAGAUGGCACUUCAAUCCUCCUUUGGCAUCGCAUUUCGGUGGCUUGUGGGAGUCGGCAAUUAACUCGGCGCAGAAACACUUUCUGCGUGUAUUGGGUUAUCAAACUCUAUCAUACGACGACACAGAAACACUUCUUUCUUAA